CCCACGAGGGGGCGGGGCUCAGAUUCCUGUCAGCGGCGGCGGCGGUGGCGGCGGCCGUCAGUGUGCGCUGAGGAGAAGCCCGAAACGGACCCUCUGGCUCUCUCCCUCUCCUCUCCGCCGCCCCGAACCAUCUUCUCUCUCUGGACUCGCCGGGAGUCAGGUCUCUACUCCGCAGAGCUGCUCUCCACCACGCCGCCCUUCUCGUCGCUCGGCCGGGUGGGAAGUGACUGCCCUCGAGGAGGAGGAGGAGGAGGAGAAGGAGGCAGCGGCUGCCGCCCGCGCCUCGCCGCCCCCGGUUCGGUGCCCGCGGUCCCGGAGAGGAGGUGCCGCCGCCACCGCCGCUCCCCCCCUCCCGCUGCCCUCGGGCCGGGCUGGGUCGAGCUGCGAUGCCCUCGGACUUCAUCUCAUUGCUCAGCGCGGACCUAGACCUGGAAUCGCCCAAGUCCCUGUACUCGCGAGAUUCUCUGAAGUUACACCCAUCACAGAAUUUUCAUAGAGCUGGACUAUUGGAAGAAUCUGUCUAUGAUCUUCUCCCAAAGGAGUUACAGUUACCUCCACCUAGAGAAACUUCUGUAGCAUCAAUGAGUCAGACAAGUGGUGGUGAGGCAGGCUCGCCUCCUCCAGCUGUAGUUGCUGCUGAUGCUUCUUCAGCUCCCUCCUCUUCCUCCAUGGGCGGUGCUUGCAGCUCCUUUACCACCUCUUCCAGCCCUACCAUUUAUUCUACCUCAGUCACCGACAGCAAGGCUAUGCAAGUGGAGAGCUGCUCCUCAGCCGUGGGGGUAAGUAACAGAGGGGUAAGUGAAAAGCAGUUAACCGGUAACACAGUUCAGCAGCAUCCAUCAACCCCGAAGAGGCACACAGUUUUGUACAUCUCACCACCACCUGAGGACUUGCUGGAUAACAGUCGGAUGUCCUGCCAGGAUGAGGGGUGUGGAUUGGAAUCUGAGCAGAGCUGCAGUAUGUGGAUGGAGGAUUCCCCCUCCAACUUCAGUAACAUGAGCACCAGUUCCUACAAUGAUAACACUGAGGUACCUCGUAAAUCACGAAAACGAAAUCCAAAGCAGAGGCCGGGGGUCAAACGACGAGAUUGUGAAGAAUCUAAUAUGGAUAUAUUUGAUGCCGACAGUGCCAAAGCACCUCACUAUGUGCUUUCUCAGCUUACCACGGACAACAAAGGCAACUCAAAAGCUGGAAAUGGGUUGGUAUCCACAUUUUUUAAAGUUCUAUCACCAUUAUGCAAAGCAAAAACGAUAAGAAUUAAGUGUUGGUGGUUGUUCUUAUGGAAUGUUUAUGUAUGUAUGUCCACAGCUCAGCCAGCAGGAGUUCCUGAAAUCUUAAAGAAAAGCUUGCAUAGCUGUUCAGUAAAAGGAGAGGAAGAAGUGUUUUUAAUUGGGAAGAACUUUCUAAAAGGAACUAAAGUUAUUUUUCAGGAAAAUGUUUCUGAUGAAAACUCUUGGAAAUCAGAAGCUGAAAUAGACAUGGAAUUAUUUCAUCAGAACCAUCUUAUUGUGAAAGUCCCCCCGUAUCAUGACCAACAUAUAACUUUGCCUGUAUCAGUGGGAAUAUAUGUUGUGACCAAUGCUGGAAGAUCUCAUGAUGUUCAGCCAUUUACUUACACUCCAGACCCAGCAGCAGCUGGUGCUUUGAAUGUAAAUGUGAAAAAGGAGAUAUCUAGUCCAGCAAGACCUUGCUCUUUUGAAGAAGCCAUGAAAGCAAUGAAAACGUCUGGUUGUAACCUAGAUAAAGUAAACAUUCUUCCUAAUGCCCUGAUCACUCCACUCAUGUCAAGCAGUAUGAUUAAGACUGAAGAUGUUACUCCAAUGGAAGUAACAGCAGAGAAAAGAUCUUCCCCUAUUUUUCAGACUACAAAGACAAUUGGUUCGACUCAGCAAGCUUUAGAAACUAUUCCUAACAUAGCAGGAAAUGCAUCUUUUUCGUCACCAUCCUCUUCCCACUUACCUUCUGAAAAUGAAAGUCAGCAGCAGCUUCAGCCCAAGGCAUACAACCCAGAGACCCUGACAACUAUCCAAACACAGGAUAUCUCACAGCCUGGGACUUUUCCAGCAGUUUCUGCUUCUAGUCAGCUGCCCAGCAAUGAUGCACUACUGCAGCAGGCUACACAGUUUCAGACAAGAGAAGCUCAGUCCCGAGAUACAUUACAGUCAGAUGGCACCGUGGUUAAUUUGUCACAGUUGACUGAGGCAUCGCAGCAGCAGCAGCAGCAGCAGUCCCCGCUGCAAGAACAAGCACAGACGUUACAGCAGCAGAUCUCAUCAAAUAUUUUUCCACCGCCAAAUAGUGUGAGCCAGCUCCAGAGUACCAUUCAACAUCUGCAAGCAGGAAGUUUUACAGGGGCCACUGCUGGUGGCAGCAGUGGAAGUGUUGACUUGGUCCAGCAGGUUUUAGAGGCACAACAGCAGUUAUCUUCUGUGCUGUUUUCUACUCCAGAUGGUAAUGAGAAUGUCCAAGAACAGCUUAAUGCAGACAUUUUCCAAGUCAGUCAAAUUCAAGGUAGUGUAAGCCCUGGAAUGUUUUCCUCAACAGAGCCUGUAGUUCACACCAGACCGGAUAACUUACUACCUGGGAGGGCUGACAGUGUCCAUCAACCGACUGAAAACACACUGUCUAAUCAGCAGCAACAGCAACAGCAGCAGCAGCAGCAGCAGCAGCAACAGCAAGUGAUGGAGUCAUCAGCUGCAAUGGUGAUGGAGAUGCAGCAGAGCAUUUGCCAAGCAGCUGCCGAACUGUUUCCUUCAGCUGCUUCAGCAAAUGGAAGCCUUCAGCAGUCUCCAGUUUACCAGCAGCCUUCUCAUAUGAUGGGUGCACUGCCUACCAACGAGGACAUGCAAAUGCAGUGUGAGUUGUUCUCUUCUUCCCCUGCAGUUUCUGGAAAUGAAACUUCCACAACCACCACGCCACAGGUUACAACCCCUGGCUCCACUAUGUUUCAGGCACCAAGUUCAGGAGAUGGAGAAGAAACUGGAGCACAGGCGAAACAAAUUCAGAACAGUGUCUUUCAGACCAUGGUUCAAAUGCAGCACAGUGGAGACAGCCAACCUCAAGUAAACCUCUUUUCGUCUACAAAAAAUAUAAUGAGUGUUCAGAAUAGUGGUACCCAGCAACAAGGGAAUAGCUUGUUCCAGCAAGGGAAUGAGAUGAUAUCACUUCAGUCUGGGAACUUUUUGCAGCAGUCUUCUCAUUCACAGGCUCAACUCUUUCAUCCUCAAAAUCCUAUUGCUGAUGCUCAGAACCUUUCCCAGGAAACUCAAGGUUCAAUUUUUCACAGUCCAAAUCCUAUUGUCCACAGUCAGACUUCCACAGCAUCCUCUGAACAAUUGCAGCCUUCAAUGUUUCACUCACAGAAUACCAUCACUGUAUUACAAGGCUCUUCAGUUCCACAAGACCAGCAAUCACCCAACAUAUUUCUUUCCCAAAGUUCUAUGAAUAAUCUACAAACUAAUACAGUAGCCCAAGAAGAACAGAUUUCAUUUUUUGCAGCACAGAACUCAAUUUCUCCACUUCAGUCAACAUCAAACACUGAGCAGCAAGCUGCUUUUCAACAGCAGCCUCCAAUUUCACACAUCUCAACCCCUAUUCUUUCCCAGGAACAGGCACAAUCCACUCAGCAAGGUUUAUUUCAGCCUCAGGUGGCCCUUGGCUCCCUUCCAUCUAAUCCAAUGCCUCAAAGCCAGCAAGGAGCAAUUUUCCAAACACAGCGCUCAAUCGUUGGCAUGCAGAGUAACUCUCCAUCUCAGGAGCAGCAGCAACAGCAGCAGCAGCAGCAGCAACAACAACAACAACAGCAGCAGCAGCAACAGCAGCAGCAGAGCAUUUUAUUCAAUAAUCAGAAUGCCAUGGCUACAAUGGCAUCUCAGAAGCAGCCACCACCAAACAUGAUAUUUAGCCCAAACCAAAACCCAAUGGCUAGUCAGGAGCAGCAGAACCAGUCAAUUUUUCACCAGCAAAGUAAUAUGGCCCCAAUGAACCAAGAUCAGCAGCCCAUGCAAUUUCAGAAUCAGCCUACAGUUUCUUCACUUCAGAACCCAGGUCCUACGCAGUCUGAGUCACCACAGACCUCCUUGUUUCAUAGUUCUCAGAUCCAGUUGGUACAAGGGUCACCUAGUUCUCAAGAGCAGCAAGUAACACUCUUCCUCUCUCCGGCAUCCAUGUCGGCACUGCAGACCAGUAUAAACCAACAGGACAUGCAACAGUCUCCUCUUUAUUCUCCUCAGAACAACAUACCUGGAAUCCAAGGAGCCACUUCUUCACCCCAGUCACAGGCUACUUUAUUUCACAACACUACAGGAGGCACAAUGAACCAACUACAAAAUUCUCCUGGCUCAUCUCAACAGACUUCGGGAAUGUUCUUAUUUGGCAUUCAAAAUAAUUGCAGUCAGCUUUUAACCUCUGGACCAGGUACCUUGCCAGAUCAGCUGAUGGCCAUAAAUCAGCCAGGCCAGACACAAAAUGAGGGCCAGGCUUCUGUGACAACACUUCUUUCUCAGCAAAUGCCAGAGACUUCCCCACUGGCCUCCUCUGUGAACAGCAGUCAGAGCAUGGAGAAGAUAGAUUUGCUUGUUUCAUUGCAAAGCCAAGGGAACAAUUUAACUGGCUCCUUUUAAUGAGAUGCAAAUUCCAUGAAGAAAGUAAUGAUGAUUCCAAGAUGUCCUGAGAAAUUGUGGUUCUAUGAAGAUCACUGAACUGUUUAAAGAACUAUAUUGGAGUAAAUGGGUAGAUUUCCUGACUGUGAGAACAUACCCAUGCUGCCUGUUGCAGUAAUUCGCCACCAAUGUGCUUUUUGUUUCUAGUAACAGUGAUGACUGAGAAUCUGUUUGAUUUUUCCAGCUGACAGAAUUGUUGCUUUUGUCCUAGUUUUUUAAAUGCAAGGCUGGGCCUCUCAGUUAUUAUUGCUAUUAGAAAAUCAUAUUUGUUAUGUUUACUUACAUUCUUAUUUUCUUUCCUACAUUAUUUUAGUCAAGUAAUGACUUAGGACAAAGUAAAGUUUAGUAAUGACUAAGGCUGUGAUUUUUGUUGAUGUAAAAAGCAUGGAUGUUGGCCAAAGUGAAGGAGUUUCUUUCAGUUUUCAUGGAGAAGCUGAAGGUAUAACUUACAAAAAAGCUGUAUUGAGAACUCUGCAGAUAGGAGGACUCCUCAUCACAUACAUGCAGAUGGCAUGCUUUCAAACUGGGUACAGCUGGAAUGUUACUGAGGUCAUUUUUAGAGAGUUGUUAGUUCUCUGUAUUUCUACUAAGGGAUUUAGCCAUAACUGCAUACAAAUACUUUGUUCUAUGAAAAUGAAGGGAGUAAUAUAUGACACUAUGUUCUCAUAUUCACCUUCAGUAGUUUAAACUGACAGAGUCAUUUGAGUCUGUUUUCUUCUUACCCAGCGUUAGGCUAGUGUUCCCACUUUAUAUGCAUCUGUAUCAUUUUCCUCUUCAGUUUUAGAUAGCUGUUAAUAUACCCCUGGCUUUAUGACCCUGUAGUAAUUUAGAGAAGGCAGCCACAUUGAUCCAGUGACCUGGCAGUCUGCAGCACUGGGCCAGGAAUACUCUUAGGAAUUAUUGGGAAUUGAUUCCUGAGAAAAAAACAAUUCUCCCUCUCUCUCUCUUUUUUUUUUCUUCCAUGAACGGUGCUGUUCUGAAGUCUUCAAAUUUUUCCCUCUAAUGAAAAAACAGUAUAAAAUUUCACUUUACAAAUGAGGCAAGCAAACAUUUCUCAAACUACUACUUCUCCCUGAGCUGCAGUGACGAUAAUUCACUUGUCACCUCAGUGCUUUACAGUUGAAGUGGUCACUUAAUUGAUGGGUCCCACAAGCCUUGGGCUUUACAGGGUCACACCAUUGAUUUAAAAGGAAGAGUUAACUUACGUUACAGCUACAGAGAGCAAAAUUAUACACUCCAGAACUUGCAUUUGUAGCAUUAGUUGUAGUGUUUUGGGUGUUCUUGCCACCAGUGUGGUGCCUGCUUCUCACUCCCGCCUACAUCUGGACACAUGCUUAUGUCUCAUUUAUCUCUGGCAUGUGGAAAGUGUCAAUGCAGCAUAAGGCCAACAUGUGUGGCUUCUGUGUGUUGAUAUGUUUUGGUAUCCUGUUUGUUUCUUUUACUUACUUUAAGUGUCUAAAAAUUAGCCAGUUUGUAGUUUCUUUUCCUUAACCUUAGAUUUCUUUCCAUUUUUUUCUCUUCCUGUCCUACACAAUUGUUGAACUGUGUGGAGCUGUGGUGUUGGUUUUGUUCAUAUGGUCAGAUUCCCCCUUUUGUGAUCUUCCUUUGUUCUUUGACUAUUGUUCUUGUCAUUUGCUUUCUCUUUGUUCUUCUUCCUCUGCCCUGACCCUUCCUUUCUCUCUCUGAGAGGCAUUGGAUUACGUUUUCAGUAGUACAGGCUUCUUGCCGAUAUGAAGGGAACUUUCCAGAAAGAGACCUACUCUGGUCAUUUAAUUUUGAAAACAGUUUUCAAUCGUUCAAGUUUUGGAUGGUUUAUAUCUAAUGUGUGUUUCAUUUUUUUGGAAAGCUAUAUUUUAUAUUUAGGAAAUGGUAUACUAUUUUGCUAUUUGUACUGAGUGAGUACAUUGGCAUAAAUAUAGAAAUUUUUAUAUAUAUAUAUAUACAUAUAUAAACUAUUCUUUUUGCCACACAUUUUUGUGGUAAAUUUGUGAGUUUGUCUGAUGUUCUACCACAACGUGGCGUCUGAUAACAGUGAGGGGUUUGUUAUGUCUUUAUUGAGUAUUUAAGUACCUUUUGAAACAAAUGGCCUGUUUAUCUGUAGCCAUUCCAUCAGGCAUUUCCUUGAUGUUACUAGUGAGCUAAAGGCAAUACUGUGUGUUUGCUGGAUCUCCACUCAGCAAGGUGUUAAAGAGCAAGGAAUCUUCUGAGCUAGUGUCAAAUGGUGUUUGACAAGAAUGAGCCACUCUGUCUUUGUUCACUAUAUAUUUAAUAUUUUAUUAUUGUUGUUGUUAUUAAUUGGCUUUCUGUAUCCUAUGCCUUUUAUUUAUAAAGACACUAAAAAUACCAUGUUUGUAAUUUUAAUAACAUUUUCCCAUCUUUUAAUAUCCAGAACUACUUUAUAAAUUCUCUAAACCAAAAGUAUUUUCCUCAAUGUCUCCCUUCUCCCCCACUCCCUACAGGGAAGAAUCACCCAGCAUAGUUCAGGUUACGAGAAGAGUCAGCCACACAAUUCAGUGCUUCAGCUUUCAGAUGUACAACAGACACUAGCGUGUUGUCUGGAGCAUCAUGGAAAGCAGACCUAGCAGGUCUUAGAAGAGACAGGAGUCAGCGUUUAAAACUACAUUUAUUUCUGAGUUUUCUGAGUUACUUUCUGAGAUCAUGUAGGAGACUCAGGAAAUCUGAUUAAAAUCAAAUUAAAAUGUUACUACCACACCAUGGAUGAAGUGCAGCAAGAAGUCUGGCUUGUGUGGUGACUUCUGUUUGUUCUGUACUAGAAGCUUAUCCUUAUAAAAUGCUGAUUGGCAAUGCCAAGUCACUGGGACCAAUUUCUGUUUUAUAAUGUCUGAGUUUAGAACAGAACAUCACCUGAACUGUAGUGGUUUGAGUGGAUGGAGGCAAAACCCCUCAUUUUUAGUCUCAUCACUUCUGUGGUUAUUUAUACAAGGGCUGUGCUGUGCUACCAUAUUCCUGUUCAAUAAUGAUGGAAGUUUAUUUGUUUUCUUACAUUGUUAAAUGUUCCUUGCCCCUAAAGGUCCGUGUUAAGUACAAUGUUCUGAAUAUAUGAUUUGGUUACAAGAAGUCUUUGUCUUCUUAUUGAAGAGUUAGCUCAGUGGUUGAUACUUGUGCUAAGAAUGCAGCUUCUCAGUUCCUGUUACAGUUACAACUGCCUGUGGGAAGACUCAGUGAGCCAGUAAAGACCUUGGGAAUCAGGACUUAUUAAAUUUAUAUCUGGCAGAAGGACCUAAAUAAACUGUGAACUACAUUUUAUUCCUUUGUUACAUUCAGUUCUUGCUUUCAGCAACUCAUAGAAAUGCUUGGAGCUUAUCUCUCUCUCUCUCUCUCUCCCUCUCUCUCUCUCUUUUCUGUGGGUGAGCAUGCGUGCAUGCAUGUAUGUGUGCUUGUUAUUCCUUAUUGUCAUUCCACACCAGGGAGCAGACAAUUAGAUCUUUUGAUUUGAGACAGAGUUUCUCUGUGUAGCCCUGGCUGUCCUAGAAUUCACUCUGUAGACCAGGCUGGCCUUGAACUUGAGAUCCGCCUGCUCUGCCUCCUGAGUGCUGGGAUUAAAGGUGUGCGCCACCACUGCCCAGCUUAGAUAAUUUGUUCCUAAAAUUUGCUGUAGGCUUUUCUAAUUCUCACAUCAUGUUAUUUAUUUAGCCAAUUUUGGUAUGUCCACCCUGUCUUCUUAGAACAAGUGUUUAAAGGGCUUUGUUUGUUAUCAAAGCAGUAUUAAUGAGAGGCCUCUUUCCCUCCCUCCCAUUCUCCCAUCCUUCCUUGCCCCCCACCUUUAUAUAAUAUUGUAAGUUAUAGUUUAGAAUCUCAUUAUCAUAGGUUUAUUGCCUACCAGAGUUUUAGCUAAUAUACCCAGAAAAAAAUAGAAGGAAGAAAUUGUGCACAUGUCCCUUUAGAAUGAAAAUAAUUCCUUUUGACCUUUUUGAAUGUUUGUUUUUAUUUGUUUUCAAUGAGGCUGCACUACGCUGCCCAAGUACUGGGCCUGGAGGGAUGAAGCACCUUCUCUGGGUCCCUUUGGCCUUUUUAAGCCAUUGUAAAUGUUUGUUUGCAAAAAAUGGAAUCUGUCAGCAAAUAAGAACCACAAUGAAAAAUGACUGACUGAUUCCUAAACUCAGUAUAGUUGUACAUAUUCUCGGGGGUUAGCCUGAGAAUUUUCCUAGUAAAAUUUUCUGUUAUCCCUGUUUCCUGAUUUUUAAUUAGUUAAAAGUUAUGGGAGACCUUGCAGCUUCACUCUGCAUCUGGAGCAUAGGUUCCUUCUCUAAUCAAGAUUUCCUUUUUAUAGCUGCAUGCUUUUGGUUAUGUGGAGGGACUCAAUGAAAAAGAAAAACUAAUUCAGCAUAUGUAUUAGAGAAGUAAUUCAGGCCUAGGGGUGUGGUUCAGGGGUACAGAGUUUACAUCUCAUGUGUAAGGCCCUGAAUUUGAUCCCUAGCACCACCAAAAGGGAGAGAAAAAGGACCUGGGUAUCCACACUAGCAAGAGGAUGAGCACUGGUCCAUCACACACUGAGAGCUUUCCCUGUCUGCCUGCUUUUGUUACUAGAGCUAUUAGUGGAGGUGGCAUUCAUGAUGCAGGAGAUUGACUCUCUACAGUGUCAUUAGUAAAUUGUCCUGGUGCCCUCAUUACUUUUGAACUCUGUUUUCAUGCCAUUCUAAGCCUUGUAUAUUAAUAAAAUUCUGUUUUUAAUGCUCUUGUUCUUUCAGGCAACUUUUUACAUUAGCAUUUUAUAUAGAGAUUACAUGUGUAUGGAAAAGUGCCUUUUUUACCAUGCCAGUGUACCCUUCUUAUAAUUCCACCUUCCACUGUUGCCAGAAAUAUACGAACAACUGGUUUUAACAGGUCCCAACCUAGACUUUUUCAUUUGGCCAUUCUUUUCUCCAUUUCUUGGUCACAAUAGAAGAAAACUUUGUUAGUUCCUUUGACUUGAAAAUAACAGAGAAAGUGCUUUAGCAGAAUUGCUUGGAGAGUAAGUGUAUGCUGUUGAGGCUUACAUGAAUCAACUCUUCAAUUUUCUCAUCCCAACCAAUUAGAGCUGGGUCUUAUUAGAGCAGUAAUGAAAAUUUGGCUGUGUGCAAGAUUCCAUGCACACAAGUGUUUGUUAAAUGUUAUGAAGACACUGCUUAUAGCAUCUUCUCUGACCCUAAUUAGCUGGGUGAAAAGCAGUCAUUAAAACAUAGGUUUUGUAAGGCCUGGGGGUAAUGUUGAUUUUUUUUUUUUAAUUAAACAUGACAAAGUAGUUUAUUAUAUUUCUUUUCUAUCAGAACUUUAGUUAAUUGGCCUUGGAAAGCUUAGUAUCAGAAAAAAAUUAGGAAGAAGUCAUUUGAGUCCUGGGAGAGCUAAGGUAAUUUCUUUAGUGUUAGAUGCAGUUGGAUUGAGUGUCCUGGUUUUGUCCAUUUUGUUGCUGUUCUAGCUCCGUAUCAAAUGGUGGUACCUGAAGAAAGGGCCAUCAGCCACAAACUAAGGACAGUGGUAACUUAAACACUGGAGUGGAGCUAUGUUUCCCAUGGAAGUACUUUUGUGACCGUUGGACGGAAGAUGGCAAACUUUUAUGCAAUAUUCUUAAUACCCUAUUGUGCACUUUAAUCAUUCCAAAUUCAGAGUACUGCAUCCAUUUUUAUUUUGGAUAGCUGGCUUGGUGUAUUUGAUGACUGCUUUUUAAAGUAACUCGGAAUAAGUGUGAAGUUGCUAUUUUCUAAAGGACUUUUAAGACUUGGAAAGGUAGUGGAAGGAAAUGCCUACACUGUAGCAGAUCAUUUUAGAAUAGUAAAGUGAUUGACUGGCUGAUUGGAGAGCUACUUAGAACCAUUUCCUUUCUUGUGUGUUUUAUGUACCUUAUAGAAGAACGCUACAAUGUAUAGUUUCUAUCUGUGGUUUAUGUUAACCAGUAUGGUCCUCCACCCCGGCAGCUAGCAUCAGUAUGAGCAGGAAACUAGUUAGAGGUGUGCAUUCUUGGGCAAUAGCCCAGCCUUGCUGAAUUAAUCUGAAGUUGGGCCCAGCAAUCUGUCUGACCCAAGCCCUCAGGUGAGUCCAAUGCACCUGAGUUUCAUAGCUUAGUGAAAGUGAGAGACUUUCACUCUUAGAGAUUCCUUCUUUACAUAUAUUCAGCCUUACAUAGUAAUCUGUGAUCAUUUAUCAACAAUGGUGAUUUAUUCUCAGUACUGCAUAAGGAAUGCAUAUGUCUUAUGUAUAUACAGUGUAGUUGCUAAUAAUUAAUUUAACUUAGUUUGGCAUUUUCCUACCACUGACUAAAAAGUUUACAUUAACUGACUGAUUUCAAUAUAUAGGUGCAAUGUUCUGUAUUUCUUUAAUUGGUGUGACAUUUACUUAGCUAAAAUAAUUGAUGGGUGCUACAGUUUCCUGUUUAUGCAUAAUAUGGGUACAUUGUGGGCAGUGUAAUACAAGCUUCCUCUUCAUUUCCUCUUACUUUACCAGCAGACCACGGUUUUGCUCUGGCUGGACCAGCUCUCAGAACAGAAUUACCAUUCCGUAUAAUUUUUCUUGUAUCUGAGAUAGUAAAUCAGAUGGCUGGCCAGGCCAACAUAACACCUCUUAGUUGAUUUCUUCUCUUAGUAGAUAAGGAUUCUUUUCAAGUAGCUUACUUGGCAUUUGAAUGCUGCAGUAGAGUGAUGGUUCUCUUUGGAACUCAUGCUUCAGGUGAAAAAAUACUCAAUAACAUAAGAGAGUGCAUUUUAUAACCUGGCUAUUUUUCUCUUCUCAGUUGUGUGCAUCCUAACAAAUAAGCAGAUUUAUUCAUAUUUUUCCUUUAUAAUUCAGCACUUCUAUCAUUAAUCUUCCUUCUACUGUUUACAAAUCACUGAUGAGUUAACUCAUGAAAGAUUCACUUUUCAGAAUAAAACUAAAUGAAUACUUGUUUUCUGAGAAUCACUGCUCUCUGUCCCACACUAGCAGUGCUAAGUGGCUUAUUAUACAAACUGGUGCUGGAAAGUAAGUAGGCAAACUGUUGGGAUGUUCUAGAGAUACCCUCUGUAUACCCCCACCCUCACCCCCGCUGGAUUACAGCCUCUGUUCCUGGACCCAGAGCAUUCUACACAGUUUAUGCAAGCCCCAGUUUAUAAUCCCUCCUUUAAAAAUCCUGCAUUCAGCCAUGUCACCCCUACUUGCUCUUUCAUGUCGGUCCUCCCCCAACCUAGAACCCACCCCAGGAGUAAUGUAUGGUUUGUAGGGGUGACCUCAGGACAGCUUACACUCACACAUAAUCCCAGAUGCAUGAGAGUGGGGUUAGAAUCAAACUUCUGUGACCAAUAAAACUUGUCCUGGCUGGAGUUAGAGCUAGGUAGUUAGAACCCAAGGUGGGUACAAUCCCCAGUACAGAGAGAGAGAGACAGAGAAAGAAAAGAAAAAGGAACUGUCCUGCACUGAAGUGAUCACAAUUUCACUCCUUAGAGACCUUCUGCAGCGCAAUUGAACUAACUCCUUCUAUCUGAUGACUGCUCACCUUAUUUCUUCCAAGGAUAAGCUCCAAGGGAUUGCCGCUUUCCUGGCAACUUGACUGAGUUUCACGCUUUUCUUUUACUUUGUGUUCUAAUGAGUAAUUUGGACUAUUUCAUUAACCUGUUCUCAAGUGAUUUAGCUGCCAUUCUGCCAUUUUGAGUUUUUAUUUAAUUUUAUCUGCUUGAGCACACUGAUCAACCACUGACUGCCUUCUUGCAUUGUCCUGCAAUGAUGUAAGAGUGACAUUUGUGUAUAUGACUUCAUAGUUGGAAUUUCAGAGCACUGACACCAGAUAUUCUCAGUUUGUUCUCUGGGGGAAUUUUCAUUUGCAUCUAUGUUUUUAGCUCUCUGUGAUAACUUGUUAAAUAUUAAAAAGAUAUUUUGCUUCUAUUGGAACAUUUGUAUACUCGCAAUUAUAUUUCUGUAAACAGCUGCAGUCAAAAAUAAAACAUUGAAAGUUUUCA